GCCGGAUCAACGCGCCCAGAACUCUCAGUGCAUCAACAUGUCUCUACUGCGUACCGCUCUCAACGCAGCGCGCCCUGCCCUGGCGGCUCGUCCUCUUCUCAAGUCCUCCUCUCGUGCAUUCUCCACCACACUCCGCGCCGCAUCCGGUCCCAAACCCCCAUCCAUCUUCGGUCCCGGUGGCAAGGCCGGCGAAGUCCCGACCGACUUCGAACAGGCGACUGGUCUCGAGCGUUUCGAGCUCCUGGGGGAGAUGGAGGGCAUCGACGUCUUCGACGGCGCGCCGCUGGACUCGAGCCGUGUCGGCACCAAGAAAGACCCGAUCCUCGUGCUCUCCUACGACCCUGUCCGCACCGUGGGAUGCACUGGUAGCCCCGCCGACUCUCACGACAUCCAUUGGAUCAACGUGCCCGCCGAUAGGCAGCGCUUCUGCCCCGAAUGCGGUUCUGUAUACCAGCUGGACUACCACCCGAGUGCAGCUCACUCCCACGCAGAGCAUCACUGAGGAUGUUGUCGACUGUAGAAUCGCUCGCCAGUGACGCUUAUCUGUUCUAGCCCGCUCUGGGCAAAAAAUCUUAUGAUCUUUUCAAAAGUGACUGGGUCUUGCCGGGGUUGGGCUCGACGUACAAAUGUAGUUUCAUCCUUGUCAUCUAAUGAUGCCCUCAUCACCGCGAAUACAAAGGUGCAUUAUUAUAAAGAUGUGUACAUCUAGCCUGCAUCUACUGUUCCUUUUUCUUGAAGCUGUCCUUGACCCGCAGUCGCUCCUGCUCUGCUCUCCUGGCUUCCCUGCGUUCUCUGCCCUUGGUCACCAUCCGCUUCGGUGCCAAAUCGGCAAAGAGGUGUUUGCACGUCAUUUCAAUGACCCAGCAGCCAGCGAAAUCGAGGAUCAUGCUUGCAGUCAGUUUGACCUUGAACUAGGGAAGAGUGAGGGUCGAUGAGUUUCCAAAAAUGAGGGAAGGCCAACAAGGAUGAGGGACUUACGUCGCUUUCCAUCUCUACGAUUUGCAGCCAGCGGUUCAUCUCGGGCAUGAAAUCGGUUGCACCGGAGAAUGCUACAGCACUGGCACCGAGCAGACCCCAGUACAGGUACUUGUUCUCGCGGAUACCUUCACGGAAGGGCCGGCCCUGGUAGUUAAUGGCGAACGUCGAGACUUGCUGCGAAAGCCCAAGCAGGUAGAUGGCAGUGUUCAACAAACUCGGCUCAAACUUGGCUUCCAAAUCAAUGGGGCCUUGACGACUGGGCAAGUGUAAGCUGAAAUAACGGGGCGAGGGGAUCACAUACGGGGCACGAAUGUGGGACAGAUUCGUCAUAUACACUAGCGUCACGAUGUGCAGUGCAAACUGUAACACGAUGGAUAAGAAGACAUAGAGAUUGAAAAUACCGCCACACACCUUUGCUCGGGAGAUGCACAAGAAGCAGACGGACAUCAUCAUGCCCGUGAUCGUGUAUUGAUAGUCUCCAAACUUGAUUCCAUCCAGAUACUGGACGCUGAGCGAGUAGGCUGUGAUCAGACAGUUGAGUGCAAGAAUCUUGUACAUCUGAAUCGUCGCAACCAGAGUGCAGCGGCCCUGUCUGAUAAUAUGCGACACAGCGGCGACAUGCGACAAUUUGGAUGUGAAGGGCGCAGCGCAAGACGCGUCUCCCAACUUGAUCUUGGGUACCUCGUCGUCAUCAUCCA